AGCAGAGUGGCUGGGAAAAGAAAGAUGGAGGACACGUAGAACGUCCUGGGCGAAACCACGUGACUGCGCUGUAGAACCCAAGAUCAACUGACUGAACCCAUUUUUCUUGGAGAGGAUGCUGCAACUAUGUCAGGUGACCAGCACACUCUUCAUCAGCAACGCUCGCUCAGCCUGUAGCGCUGAGCUCAUCCAACGGGAGGCGGUGACACUCUGCAUCAACGUCACCAGGCAGCAGCCAUUUCCCAAAUGCAGCGUCGCCACCAUGCGCAUUCCGAUCUUGGACGAGCCCAGCGAAGACCUCUAUGUUCACUUUGACAUGUGCGCCAACGCCAUCCAGAGGGAGGCCCAACAUGGUGGACGCAGCGUGGUCUACUGCAAGAACGGACGCAGCCGCUCAGCCGCCAUCUGCAUUGCAUACCUGAUGAAGCACCAGCGAGCGGCGCUGACCGACGCCCUGCAGGAAGUGAAGGCGGCCCGUCAUGUUAUCGAUCCUAAUCCCGGCUUUAUGGCUCAGCUGCGGCGAUACGAAGAUGAACUGAAGAGACGAGAGUCCCAAUGAUUCCAAUGGAAGCUUCCCUCCGAGCGCAUCGACAAAGAACUCGAAGAAAACGUCCUUCUGUUGGUGUGAUAAAAAAAUAAAGCAAGC